AUGGCGGAAGAGACGGAGAAGAAGAAGUACAUUACUCACGACGAUCUCAAAACCCACAACAAACCUGGAGAUCUAUGGAUCGCGAUCCAAGGCAAAGUCUACAACGUCUCCGAUUGGAUCAAAUCCCACCCCGGAGGGGACACAAUAAUCCUCAAUCUCGUCGGUCAAGAUGUAACCGACGCGUUCAUCGCGUUCCACCCCGGAACGGCGUGGAACCGUCUCGAUAGCCUCUUCACGGGCUACCACAUCAGAGACUACCAAGUCUCCGAGGUCUCCCGCGAUUACCGCCGAAUGGCCAUGGAGUUUCGAAGACUCGGACUAUUCGAAUCCAAAGGACACAACACUCUCUACACUUUAACCUUCAUCGCCGCCAUGUUCGCGGGAGUCCUGUACGGCGUUCUGGCGUGCGAUUCCAUCAUCGCACGCCAGAUCGCCGCAGGCCUGCUCGGCCUCCUCUGGAUCCAGAGCGCGUACAUAGGCCACGACUCUGGACACUAUAACAUCAUGACUACCAACAAGUGUAACAGAAUCGCCCAGCUGAUCGCUGGUAACUGCUUAACUGGAAUAUCAAUCGCCUGGUGGAAAUGGACUCACAACGCGCACCACCUCGCGUGUAACAGCCUCGAUUACGACCCCGAUCUUCAGCACAUCCCAGUCUUCGCAGUCUCGACAAAGUUCUUCAACUCGAUGACGUCACGAUUCUACAACCGGAAGCUGACUUUCGACCCCGUGGCGAGGCUUUUGAUCAGCUACCAGCAUUUCACUUACUACCCGGUCAUGUGUUUCGGAAGGAUCAAUCUCUUUAUCCAGACUUUCCUCCUCCUCUUCUCGCGACGCGAGGUGGAAGAUCGUGCCCUCAACUUCGCGGGGAUAUUGGUGUUCUGGACGUGGAUCAACGGUAUCUUGUCACCGAACUACGGAACAAGUGAGGAAGGAGCUGUAUAUAAAGGCGGCUGA